AUGGGGAUUGUGUGUAGCGGAACACAGGACCAGCAAAGUAACGCAGAGCUGGCGGCAAUGACGGCCUUUUAUUACCUUUUUCUUUAUGGCCUGCUUUUCCCGCCCGGUUCCCAGCGCCAGCGGGAAGGCCUCGCGCCGACAGGCCAGGUGUCUAUCUACCAGCAACCAAUCGUUGACGCCAAAGCGAUAGACCAUGCCACUGGCGCCAUAGUGGGCAUAGCCCCGCGCGUUGAUGGCACGGAUCCACGAGCUCUUGGCCUCGUGAGGGGGCGCUGCGCGACGCGGAACGCUGCGAACGUUACCACUACGUCUCAAAGAGGAAGUUAUGACGUGAACCUCGUACAUGGCAGCAGUGCCUCUGCGGAGAAGUCAGCUGGAACGGACGACCAGCACCCAAGUCCAACGAUGUUGCUGCUGCCCCUUGCAGGGGCGUUGACUGCACGACUGGCGCGCAUUCCCAGAACACUGCCGGGCCCUCGUGAAAACUUUUCUGGGCAGCGCCGGCGGUUGGCAGCAUCUCGCCCUGAAGACAGCGACCAGAGGGUGACACCACUUCUGCCCCCCAUGCUGCCUUUCUCACUACCCGCAACUCAACUGCACCCGUACUUGGAGAAAAAGCUUCACGCGCAUGUGUCCUCCGGGAUGUCGGCAGAAGCAGGUCUGAUGAAGGCCAUUGCGGAGCUUGCAAGAUUGCGAAGUUCGGCGUCAGCAGCAACGCAUGCAUUGCUGCAGUACGACCCAGAUUAUUCCGAGGAAGCAUGGGUUAAAGACUUCACUAAAUUUCCGUCUUCCAGCGCUCCGAUAGCGAAGAAACUCCUUUCUGGUCCCAAGGCCUUCGCGACUUGGAACGCACCACCGCCCACGCCAGCCGAAGAUAGUGCCGCUACGAGCGUCCGAACAUCCCCCCGAAAGACGCUGCAGCGUCGCUGGCCGGAUUCUGGUCUUGAUUCCUCCUUGGCGGCGGUAAUGUCAGAGCAUCCGCUUCCCUCGGGAAACUCCGAAUGGGAAACAGCUAUAAAGAGCCGCGUCACGUCCGCGAUUGAAAAGGAGGCAAGACGACUGGCCGUAAUCCUCUCCAUGUUUUCAAGAAAUGUGGCCGGACGCGUCGUUUUGGGUGAAGCAAAAAGAACCUUCGAUAACGAUGUCAAAACCUGGUGGCCUUCACAAGCGGCAUUUAUGAACGUAGAAACAGCCGAGGCGGCCUUCGUGAAACAACGGGACCUUGAGGCUCUCAAGGCCGCAUUCCUCCUUGGCGGACCGUCAGUGCGCUCGUACUACCGAUAUCUAGUUCAGAUGGAGGCAGGCGCCGCCCGCGAACUCACACAAAUACUGAAGGCGGAGAGACACCGUGAGAAGCUGUCCAUGCAUCCCAGCGUAUGCAGGCCACUCUUAGAAAUGAACCUGAGAAGACUCGCUAGAGAGACUCCGAAAUGGGCAGACGGCCCUCCGCGCGACUUGCUCCUUUGGUUCGGAGAAAAGCAUCUGCGAGAAAACCGGGCAGCCCCGGGGGGCAUGGGCACACGACGGAAACCACAGAAGAUACGGCUACCGCGAGGACCGGGGAAAAGAGUUCUUCACCGUAUUGAUGAAGAUUCCGGAGGGGAAGUAGAGAGCAGAUCUAAAGGAGGAACGUCUGCGGGUCAGAAAAGAACCAAACCCCCUUUGCCAGAGUGGCCGAUGUCUCUAGAGGAAGGAAUCAAUCGCGUGCUGGGAGCAUUUUCCUGCGGCGAACAGGAAGCCCUGCGGAAAUGUAUACCCAAGUUUGACGAUGCGGUCGCUGAUGCGGUGCGUAAACAUAAGGGAUCGAUUCCUCAAGUGAUGGUGAAUCGCGUGAGAGAGGAGAUUUUGAUCAAAUUAGGGGACAUUAUCUUUAGCUCUAUUCUGGAGGAAUCCUCAUCCAAGUGGCUACGCCGUCCCAAAAGGAGAUCGCUGAAACGAGGAGAGACCAGUAUGCCUUGUGAGGCGUCGGCCGUUCCUCACUGA